CACUCCGAGUACACAGAUUUUACUGCCGGUAGAAUUGCCUGCUUACUGGAUCGAUCUGGUUCCCCUCUCUUCGCCAAUCCGACGACGAGCUUUUCCGUUGUUCAAGGGCAAGAUAGAGAUAGAGAGAGAGGGUCUUUUCCGUUGCUCGCGGGCUUGAGAUAGAGAGAGAGAGAGAGAGAGGGUGGAGAACCAUGGAGACGUCGGAGCUGCCCCGGAUCGGGAGCAUGAGGCGGAACGGGUCCCUGUGGCGUGGGGACGACGGCAUCUUCUCAUCGUCGUCGCGGGAGGGGUUGGACGAUGAGGAGGCGCUCAAGUGGGCGGCGCUCGAGAAGCUGCCCACCUACGACCGCGUCCGCCGCGGCAUCCUCGAGCUUAAGGAGGGUAGCCGCCGCCUCCAGGAGGUCGACGUCCAGAACCUCGGCUUCCACGAGCGGAAGGCCCUUCUCGAGAGACUCGUCCACGUCGCCGACGAGGAUAACGAGCGAUUUCUCAUGAAGCUACGGGACCGCAUGGAUCGAGUUGGAAUUGAUCUCCCUACCAUUGAGGUGAGGUACGAGCACCUCAGCGUGGAAGCAGAGGCACAUGUCGGCGGCAGAGGAAUGCCUACUUUAAUCAAUGCUAGCCUUAACGUGCUCGAGGGCUUCGCCAAUUUCUUGCGUAUUCUACCAAGUAACAAGAGAUCUUUGUCCAUCCUUCAUGAUGUCAGUGGAAUCGUCAAACCCUGCAGGAUGACUUUGCUUCUAGGUCCUCCAGGAUCAGGAAAGACUACUCUUUUGUUAGCGUUGGCUGGGAAACUAGAAUCUGAUCUAAAGGUUAAAGGGAAAGUUACUUACAACGGCCAUGAAAUGAAUGAGUUUGUCCCUGAGCGCACUGCAGCUUAUAUUAGCCAACACGACCUUCAUAUCGGGGAGAUGACUGUUCGGGAAACAUUAGCUUUCUCAGCAAGGUGCCAAGGCGUCGGUAGUCGUUAUGAGAUGUUAACCGAGUUAGCUAGGAGGGAGAAGGAAGCAAACAUCAAGCCAGAUCCUGACUUAGAUAUAUUUAUGAAGGCAGCUUCCGUGGAAGGACAAGAAUCCAAUGUGAUCACUGAUUAUAUACUAAAGAUCCUAGGGUUGGAAGUCUGUGCAGACACCAUGGUAGGAGAUGAAAUGUUAAGAGGUAUCUCCGGUGGACAAAGAAAACGUGUUACAACAGGUGAAAUGCUUGUUGGACCUGCAAGAGCUCUAUUCAUGGAUGAGAUAUCAACUGGUCUGGAUAGCUCAACAACUUUCCAGAUAGUAAAGUCACUUAGGCAGUCCAUUCACAUUCUUGGUGGAACGGCUGUUAUUUCCCUCUUGCAACCUGCGCCUGAGACUUAUGACCUUUUCGACGACAUAAUCCUUCUCUCUGAUGGUCAGGUCGUCUAUCAAGGACCUCGUGAAAAUGUGCUUGAGUUUUUUGAAUCUAUGGGUUUCAAAUGUCCUGAGAGAAAGGGUGUUGCAGAUUUCCUGCAAGAAGUAACAUCAAGGAAGGAUCAACAACAGUACUGGGCGCGCCAUGAGGAUCCCUAUAGAUAUGUGCCUGUCAGAGAAUUUGCUGAAUCUUUCCAGUCAUUCCAUGUUGGUCGAGCUAUGGCAAAUGAACUCUCCAUUCCAUUUGAUAAGACCAAGGGCCACCCUGCUGCUCUUACAACAACAAAAUAUGGUGUUAGCAAUAAGGAACUCUUAAAAGCUAACAUUGACAGAGAACUAUUGCUAAUGAAGAGGAACUCAUUCUUCUAUGUAUUCAAGGCUUGUCAACUUACUUUCAUGGCAUUCAUUGCAAUGACAGUCUUCUUGCGGACAAAUAUGCACCGGGAUGAUGUAGGUGAUGGGGGUAUAUAUGUGGGUGCACUUUUCUUUGGAGUGGUCAUGAUCAUGUUCAAUGGGUUUACUGAAACUGCUAUGGUUAUUUUAAAGAUUCCUGUUUUCUUCAAGCAAAGGGACCUCCUUUUCUUCCCUGCAUGGUCAUAUGCAAUUCCAUCAUGGAUUCUUAAGAUUCCAAUUACAUUUAUUGAAGUUGCAGUGUGGGUUUUCACAACUUAUUAUGUCAUUGGAUUUGAUCCAAAUGUUGGAAGGCUGUUUAAGCAGUACUUGCUGCUACUAGUGGUCAAUCAGAUGGCAUCUGCACUCUUUCGUUUAAAUGGGGCAGUGGGUAGAAACAUGAUAGUUGCAAAUACCUUUGGGUCUUUUGCUCUACUAAUUUGCAUGCUGCUAGGUGGCUUUAUUAUUGCACGAAAUGAUGUGAAGAAAUGGUGGAUAUGGGGUUAUUGGAUCUCACCUCUUAUGUAUGCACAAAAUUCAAUUUCAGUGAAUGAAUUAUUGGGUCACAGUUGGAGUCAUAACCAAACAGAUCCUCUAGGAGUACGCGUUUUGAGGGCACGAGGUAUUUUCCCUGAAGCAAAAUGGUAUUGGAUCGGUUUGGGGGCCUUGGUUGGUUAUGUAUUUCUGUUCAAUGCUCUUUUCACAAUGGCUCUUACAUAUCUCAAACCAUUUGGCAAAUCUCAUCCACCCAUAUCUGAGGAGACUUUAAAGGAAAAGCAUACCAAUCUAACUGGUGAAGUGUUGGACCAAUCAUCUAGAGGGAAGAAAUCUGAUCAACCCUCUUCAUCCAAGGCUGAUGGAAUUAUUAGGAAAGAUAGCACAAAUGCAUCUAGUGAUAUAAAUAAGAAGGGCAUGAUCCUUCCCUUCACUCCACUUUCCAUUACCUUUGACAACAUACAAUACUCUGUGGACAUGCCGCAGGAAAUGAAAAGUCAAGGUGUGGAAGAAAAUCGUUUGAUGCUCCUCAAGGGUAUAAGUGGUUGUUUUAGGCCAGGAGUACUUACAGCACUAAUGGGCGUCAGUGGUGCUGGAAAGACAACAUUGAUGGAUGUCUUGGCUGGGAGAAAAACAGGUGGCUACAUAGAAGGAAAUAUCACCAUCUCUGGUUACCCCAAGCAGCAGGAAACUUUUGCUCGUGUAUCUGGAUAUUGUGAACAAAAUGACAUACACUCUCCGCAAGUGACUGUAUAUGAAUCACUUAUUUAUUCUGCAUGGCUUCGAUUAUCUGCCGAUGUUGAUUCUGCAACAAGGAAGAUGUUUGUUGAAGAGGUCAUGGAGCUUGUAGAGUUGGCUUCAUUAAGAGAUGCACUUGUUGGUUUGCCAGGAGUAAAUGGGUUAUCGACUGAACAGCGAAAGAGACUGACUAUUGCUGUGGAACUUGUUGCCAACCCGUCUAUCAUAUUCAUGGAUGAACCGACAUCUGGGCUUGAUGCAAGGGCCGCGGCUAUAGUAAUGAGAACUGUGAGGAACACUGUAGACACUGGACGGACUGUUGUGUGCACUAUUCACCAGCCUAGUAUCGACAUAUUUGAAGCUUUUGAUGAGCUCUUCCUUAUGAAACGAGGUGGAGAAGAGAUUUAUGUAGGUCCACUUGGUCGUCAUUCUUGUCAUUUGAUCAACUACUUUGAGGGAAUUGAUGGUGUCAGUAAGAUAAAUGAUGGAUACAACCCAGCAACAUGGAUGUUGGAAGUGACUGCACAGGCACAAGAAGAUCAACUAGGGGUUGAUUUUAGUCAGAUCUACAAGAAUUCAGAACUUUAUCAGAGAAACCAAAAUUUGAUAAAGGAACUAAGCACGCCGCCUCCUGACUCGAGUGAUCUUUACUUCCCAACCCAGUAUUCUCAAUCUUUUCUCGUGCAAUGCAUGGCUUGCCUAUGGAAACAACACUUAUCAUACUGGCGGAACCCUCCAUACACUGCAGUGAGGUUCUACUUCACCAUAAUGAUAGCCUUGUUGUUUGGAACUGUGUUUUGGGACCUUGGUACCAAAAGGAAAACACAGCAAGAUUUAUUCAAUGCAAUGGGUUCUAUGUAUGCUGCUGUUCUGUUUCUCGGGGUCCAGAACGCUUCCUCUGUUCAACCAGUUGUUGCUAUUGAAAGAACGGUCUUUUACAGAGAGCGAGCAGCUGGAAUGUACUCAGCCUUGCCUUAUGCAUUUGGACAAGUUGUAAUUGAACUUCCAUAUGUCCUGGUCCAAUCAUUAGUAUAUGGUGUCAUAGUCUAUGCCAUGAUUGGGUUUGAAUGGACCGCUGUUAAGUUCUUCUGGUACUUGUUCUUCAUGUACUUCACGCUUCUCUACUUCACAUUCUAUGGAAUGAUGGCGGUGGGUUUGACCCCCAACUACAAUAUUGCGGCAAUCGUCUCAUCUGCAUUCUAUGGAAUAUGGAACAUUUUUUCUGGAUUCAUUGUCCCCCGACCUAGGAUCCCAGUGUGGUGGAGAUGGUACUACUGGGCAUGCCCUGUGGCUUGGACCUUGUAUGGAUUGGUUGUUUCACAGUUCGGAGAUAUAACAGAUGAGACACUCGACGAUUCAAAUACUACGGUGUCUGAAUUCAUUAGGAAUUACUUUGGAUUCAGACAUAACUUCUUGGGCGUGGUAGCGGCUGUGGUGCUCAUCUUUCCCGUGCUUUUUGCCUUCCUCUUUGCAUUCUCGAUAAAGACUAUCAACUUCCAGAGAAGGUGAGCGUUGUUGUGCUUAGGAUCGCAGAGUCCGGGAAGAUAAAAUAAAGACCUGCAAUGCAGAUAAUGCUUCUGCAUUCUGGCUCGUGCAAACCAAUGCCUGUGCAUUCUCGUUAUAAUAUUUGCUAAUAUAGAUUAUGGUCCUUUUUGCGUGUAUGUUUGAGUUCGGUAUGGUGUAUAUUAAUUUCAAUUCAUUUUUUUUUUACUUGUCAACUUAAAUAUUUAAUACGAGAUACUCCUAUACAUCUGUGUUUGACAA